CCACAUGUGUAGCCUGCCAGUACGGACAGACGAAAACUAUGCGAUUCACCACUUCAAAUUAAACGACACAAACUAUCUAAACUUCGACCUGGUGCCGGUUAUGAAACUAUCGUACAUGCUGUUGGAUAUAACUCAAGAAAAGGACCUGCCUAGAGGACUUGUAGUCAUUAUAGACUGCAAAGGGGUGGGUCUAAUGCAUCUGACCAGAAUGAAGAUCGGCCCAAUGCGAAGAUACUUCCAGUUUCUUCAAGAAGGCUUCCCAAUACAAAUGAAGGUGAUUCACAUUAUAAACGCCGUCUACUUCUUCGACAAGUUCCUGAACGUGGUCAAGUUGUGCACGAAGAGCGAGCUGAUGGAAAUGAUCAAGGUGCAUCCUCCGAGUGCGGAGCCCGAAAAACUGUUCGCGUUGGUGCCGAAGAAAUGCUGGCCGGAAGACUAUGGCGGCGAUUUGCCUUCGACGGAGAUUCUGCAUGAGAAAGCCGUCGAACAAUUCGAGGAAAAACAGGAGUUUUGGAGGCUCGAGCAGGAAAUACGUUGUAAAAAUUCAGAUUAAUAAAGGUUUUUGAGGAGGCGA